AUGUCAUCUGUCACCAAAGCCGCUGAAGCAAAUCCUUACAACGAUAAAAUGCUUCAUUAUGUAUCUCAGUUUAUCUCAGUCGAACGCUUUAAUAAACCACUGUUCAUAUCAUUACCGAUAAUCUUUAACAUUAAGCUGGUCAUCAGAGUUUAA